CGAGAUGGUGAAGCUGUUCAUCGGCAACCUGCCCCGCGAGGCGACGGAGCAGGAGAUCCGCGCGCUGUUCGAGCAGUACGGCAAGGUGCUCGAGUGCGACAUCAUCAAGAACUACGGCUUCGUGCACAUCGAGGACAAGACGGCGGCCGAGGACGCCAUCCGCAACCUGCACCACUACAAGCUGCACGGCGUCAACAUCAACGUGGAGGCCAGCAAGAACAAGAGCAAGGCCUCCACCAAGCUGCACGUGGGCAACAUCAGCUCGGCGUGCACCAACCUGGAGCUGCGCGCCAAGUUCGAGGAGUACGGGCCCGUCAUCGAGUGCGACAUCGUCAAGGACUACGCCUUCGUGCACAUGGAGCGCGCUGAGGACGCCGUCGAGGCCAUCCGCGGCCUGGACAACACCGAGUUCCAAGGCAAACGAAUGCACGUCCAGUUGUCCACCAGCCGGCUUCGGACCGCGCCCGGGAUGGGAGACCAGAGCGGCUGCUAUCGGUGCGGGAAAGAGGGCCACUGGUCCAAAGAGUGUCCAGUGGAUCGGACGGGCCGCAUGGCAGACUUGGCCGAGCAGUACACUGAGCAGUACGGAGCCGUCCGCGCGCCCUACGCCAUGGGCUACGGGGAGUCCGUGUAUUACAGUAACGCGUACGGAGCUCUUGAUGCCUACUACAAACGUUGUCGAGUUCGGUCAUAUGAGGCAGUGGCGGCGGCGGCGGCAGCUUCCGCGUACAACUACGCAGAGCAGACCCUGUCCCAGCUCCCACAAGUCCAGAAUCCGGCCAUGACCAGCCACCUCACCUCCACCUCUGUCGACCCCUACGAUAGGCACCUGCUGCCGACCUCAGGAGCUGCUGCUGCUACCGCCGCUGCUGCGGCUGCUGCUGCCGCGGCCGUUACUGCAGCCUCCACCUCCUAUUAUGGACGGGACCGGAGCCCCCUGCGCCGUGCCCCCACAGUCCCCACUGUAGGAGAGGGCUAUGGCUACGGGCACGAGAAUGAGCUGUCCCAGGCCUCAGCGGCAGCCGCCGCUGCACGGAAUUCUCUGUAUGACAUGGCGCGGUAUGAGCGGGAGCAGUAUGCGGAUCGGGCGCGGUACUCAGCCUUUUAGAGCUCGAGGUGGGAUGUGUGGGGGCUUCAGCCCCGGGCUGCGGUUGUGCAUGAGAAUUCACCCUUCGUGGUCCCCCAUCUUCGGGAUGUUCUCACAGCUCUGUGCGUUGGGCCCCUCAGGAACCACGGACCUUAAUUUAACCUUGCUAAGUUGAGACUCUCUCCCCUGCCCCCCUUGUUCUUCAAUACCUUCCCACUCAUGUUCUGUUCUCCCAGUAGCCUUUGCUAUGUCCAGAAACUGUGGCAGGGGUUGUACUGUCUCUUCCACUCAUGUCCUGCUUUCACUGGGUGCUGAAUUGGGGGAUCACUACAGUUGCAGGGGGGCUCUGGCUCCUUCUUCCCCGUUUUGCCCCUAGUGGCUUGCGAUGGGUAGACAUGUAGAGUUGGUCACUUUUUUUUUUUCCAGUGAAAUAAAUGUUUUUCAAUUUA